CCUCACGAGCAUUGUGUGAUCCAUGGAAGGAGAGUGGUGAUGUCUCGGACAGUGGCAGCAGCACGACCAGCGGGCACUGGAGUGGUGGCAGCGACAUCUCUACCCCUUCACCCCCCUACCCCUCUGGAAGCCCCAAGUACUCCAGUGAGGGCAUGAGCUCUCCCCAGGUGGAUGAUGGCUUUGAGACUGACUCUGAUCCCUUUCUCCUUGAUGAACCCGCUCCACGCAAGAGAAAGAACUCAGUGAAGGUGAUGUACAAGUGCCUCUGGCCAAGCUGUGGCAAGGUCCUGCGCUCCAUUGUUGGCAUCAAGAGGCACGUCAAGACCCAGCACCUUGGGGACAGUGCAGACUCCGACCAGCGGAAGCGAGAGGAGGAUUUCUACUACACUGAAGUGCAGGUGAAGGAAGAACCAGCACCAGAGGUGGCUGCCACCACCAGCCCCGUACCCACAUCUGCCCCCAUCAUCAUCCAGCAAGCCCUGGCAAAGCCAGAAGCAUUGCUGGUGGAGCAGCCAGUGCUGGAGCCUGCCCUGGCCAGCAGUGCCCUAAGCCAGUCUGCCCCCAGCUCCUUCUGGCACAUCCAGGCGGAUCACGCCUACCAGGCAUUGCCUUCGAUCCAAAUUCCAGUGUCCCCCCACAUCUUCACCAGCAUCAGCUGGGCUACUGCCACCUCAACCCUUCCAUCCCUGUCACCGAUGCGGAGCCGGUCACUCAGCUUCAGUGAACCCCAGCCACCAACGCCGAUGCUCAAGUCCCACCUGAUUGUCGCCUCGCCACCCAGGGUGUCCAUCGGCACUAGAAAAGUCCGCGGUGAAGCCAAAAAGUGCCGUAAGGUUUAUGGCAUCGAACACCGGGACCAGUGGUGCACGGCCUGCCGGUGGAAAAAAGCCUGCCAGCGCUUCCUGGACUGA